GCUUAAAGCAAACAUGCCGCUCGAUUUUGCAGCCACUUAUAAAGUUCUGGUGCUCGGUGACUCGAACGUCGGGAAAACCUGCAUCGUUCAUCGUUAUUGUGACGAACGUUACUACGACACAUAUAUUUCGACCAUAGGUAUCGACUUCAAGCAAAAGAUAAUUAACCUGGAUGGAACACCAAUUAAACUUCAGAUUUGGGAUACUGCCGGUCAAGAGAGAUUCCGAACGCUAACCACAGCUUAUUACCGUGGUGCUAUGGGUAUUCUUCUGAUGUACGACGUAACUAGUUUAGAUAGUUUUAAUCACCUGUCAUAUUGGCUACGAAAUAUUCAAGAGAAUGCUCCACCGGACGUGGUGAUGGUAUUGGCAGCGAACAAAUGCGACGUUACUACACGCAGAGCUAUUGAUGCGGAAAGAGCACAAUUUCUAGCAGAUCAUUUCGAAAUGCCAUUUUUCGAAGUGUCUUGCAAAGAAAACAUUAACAUCGAGGAAGCGUUUCUUACUUUGGCUAGAAGAAUACGAGAACAACGCGGACGCCGGGCGAGUUUAUUCGAAGCUUCAGAGAGGGAAGGAGCAGAGAGUGUGAUCAAAGCUCAGUUGCCGUCUCAACAAGACGACGCUUGGGGUUGCACAUGUUAAUUUUUUUAAUCGAAGCAAUCAAGGCGUGCUUCGAAAUUGACAAAACACGAUACACUCGCCCCGAACAGGAUUUUAUCUGUGCAAAACGAAAAGAAAAUGGAAGCCGCGUCUCUAU